GGGUUGAAGUGUACGCUUUUGAACAGCUGAUCGGCUGUAGAUACUGGCCAUGAGUUGAGUAGGCCUAGGCCAUGGUUAUAAUAGUAUCUUAAUUAUAAAAUCCCAUUAUCUCUUAUAAACAUACAAUAGUUUUUUAUUUUAAAUAAUAAGCUUAUAACCAUGUAUAAUUUUAUAAAUAGUAUUUUUCAUCAUUUUGGGGAUAACCUAUAAUAAGUUUUCUUGUUGACUUUAUUCCUUUAUUGUUUUUCUGACUGUAAAGUGUCAAUUUUAUUAGAUUCUAUGUAAGAAAAAAUACAUAUGUGUAAGUUAUUCCCCAUCAUCAAAUGAUUAUUCUGAUAUUUUAAAAUGAAUAUUCUACCCAAGAAAAAUUGGCAUGUUCGUAAGAAAGAAAAUAUUGCCAGGGUUCGACGUGAUGAGGCACAGGCUGCAGAAUUAGAAAAAGAGAGAUUGAGAAAAAUCCAAGUUGCGGAGAAAGAAGCGAGAGUACAGCUGCUGAAAGAGAAAUCAAGAUUGUUGUAUCCCAAUCAGUCAAUCAAAACAGGGGUGAAAAGGAAGGAGAAAGAUAUAGAUGAGGAGCAGCAGACAAGUCAAAGUCACAUAAACUUCUUCAAAGAAUUAGAAGAUGGUCUAGUGUCGUUUACGGGCACCAACAAAGAUUACGAGAAGGAGAAGAAAGAGGAAGGCGAAAAGUACGAGAAGCAGAUUGGUUACCUCACUUAUCUGGGUCAAGAUACUGUAGAGUUAACUGGAAAUAUAUCGUGGUUCAAUAAGGUUCCAGAACGUCUAAAAAAUGUCGAUUCCAAGUCAGAUUAUAUAGAGGUGGCUUCUGAUAAGAAAGGACUGAUCGAUCCAAUAAAGGAUAUCAAGCGAUAUCUUGGAACCAAUUCUUCUAGUAGCUCAGUAUCUAAACGAGAGAAGGAAGAUAAGGAGAAGGAUAAAGAGAUAGAACGAAAAAGAAAACGAGAAGAUGAUGAUAGUAGCAGUCAUGGAAGUAAACAUGUAAAGAAGAAAAGGAGACAUUCACACGAAAAAGAUAGGUAUUAUCCAAAAAAGAAGAAAAAGAAGAGGAAGAAACACAAAAAGAAGAAGCAUAAAAGUUGUGAAUUGUCGUCUUGCAGCAGUGAAGGAGGAGAAGGAGAAGAUGAUGAUAGAGUCGCUAUAAAAAAAGCCAAGCUGGAAGCACUUCGAGCGCAAAGGCUCCACAGAGAGGCCGAGGAAAGUUUGCGUGCGAAGCGAGUACUGGCUAAACUAACGGGAGAGAUAUUGCCUGAGGACAAAAAACCGACUCAAGACUCAGCCGUCAAACAAAAGUAUCAUUCUCAGUUCAAUCCCCACUUGGCGAAGCAAAAUUUCUUUGAGGACAUCAACACCAAAAAUACAAAGUCAACCCAAUAGAAAUUUAAUUUUAACAGUUGAACCACUCUGAAUCGACCUAUUGAGCCCUAUCUGAUUCCAUUAUAUUAGCAGUCAUAAAAUAUCAUGUGUAUUAUUUUGUAAAUAAGAAUACUUAUCUUAUACUUAUACUUUGAAACAAAUUAUUCCAGGCGUCAUUCAAUUAUGCGAUAGUACACCAAUAAAUAGGUUGAUAAAUUCAA